ACAUCCAUAGGAAAGUGAACACGCGUAGCAAUCAAUAUGUCCACGUGACCUGUCUUUUUCAGUUCUCUUUCGACUCGCAACUAGAGUAAUUGCAAAUGCAAAAUGUGGAAAAGUAUAUUUGAUAGCAAAAUCAUAAUAUUUUGCGUUUAAGUUAUUGUGUUACCGUUUACAAAAUGCCACCAUCAAUUGGUGUUAAUUUACGUGUGACUGGACACUGCAGUCAAGGCGGGAGAAAGUAUAUGGAAGAUUUGUUUUCCGUUGCCUAUCAACAAACGGAAGACGAAAGGGAUUUGGAGUAUGCUUUCUUCGGUAUAUACGAUGGCCAUGGAGGAAGCGAAGCUGCAGCCUUUGCAAAGGAACAUUUAAUGGAUUCUAUUGUGAAACAACGGCAAUUCUGGUCGGACAACGACGAGGAUGUCCUCAAAGCCAUUCGCAAUGGUUACAUGUUGACCCACUUGAACAUGUGGAAAGAACUAGAAAAAUGGCCCAAAACUGUGACAGGGCUGCCAAGCACGGCAGGGACCACAGCCAGUGUUGCAUUCAUCCGCCGGGGAAAAAUAUACAUAGGGCAUGUGGGUGACUCCGCUAUAGUGCUGGGAUAUCAGAAAGAUGGUUGUGAAGAGUGGGCGGCUAAACCACUAACAUCAGAUCAUAAACCUGAAUCAAGCGCAGAAAUAGAAAGGAUUCAGAGAUGUGGGGGCAAGGUGAUCACCAAGGCGGGCGUGCCGCGCGUCGUGUGGAAUAGACCGCGUCUCGGGCAUAAGGGACCAAUCAAGAAGAACACUCCAAUGGAUGAGAUACCAUUCUUAGCUGUGGCGAGGUCACUCGGGGAUCUCUGGAGCUACAACCCCCAAAACGAUGAGUUCAUUGUCAGUCCAGACCCGGAUGUGGGGGUGUUGACCAUAGACCCUGCCAAGUUCAGAUGUUUAAUAUUUGGCACGGACGGGCUGUGGAACAUGAUGUCUGCGGAGGGCGCGGUGGCGCUGGUGCAGGCCACGGAGCGGCACAACGAGGCCGCGCUGCUGGGCGCUGCCGGCCCGCCGCGCGACUGGCUCAACCCUUCCAAGAGCCUCGUCGACCACGCCCUCGAGAGAUGGUCCAACACCCGAAUGAGAGCUGACAAUACAUCAGUGGUGACUCUGAUGCUGGACCCGCCGGGCCCUCCGCGCGCCACCGUGCUGCGCUCGCGCACCGGCGCCCCGCACCGCACGCACGCCCCGCACGCCUCCGCUCCGCACCCCGCGCACCCCCCGCACGCCUCCGCACCGCCCGCCGCGCCCUCCGCAUCCGUCACUCCGGCCACUCCCGCCGCUCCCGCCACUCCCGCCACUCCCGCCGCACCACCAAACGGCGAUGGCGACUCUCGGCACGUGCCACAGAAUGGUCUCACCAUCAUGACGCGGUACUCCGAAGUCGACAAACCUGCUUCUGCACCGGACGCCGCCGACAAGACACCGUUGCCCCCGUGUGCCACCCUAGACGGACGCUUCUCCAUACCCAGUCGAGAGGAGACGCCGCGCGAGAGCCCCGCAGAUACUAUCACUAAUUAUGGCAAUCCGGCGGAGUCUUACUUCAUGGCGCGGCUGUUAAAUCGAAGUCGCGUCGUCAAUACGCUGUCGGAGGUUUACGAGGAGAUCGUGAACAGACCGACGUCGCGCGCCACCUCGGAGGCCCCCGAGGCGCCGCCCGCCACCGCGCUGCCCGAGACGGCGGGGGACGACGCCGACCAGCCCGCGCCCGACCCUCGCGGCGAUGCAGCCCCCGACGCGCCUCCCGCGAACUCCUCGCCGGCCUCGUCCGCUCGUCCGGACCCCGAUGGCGGCAUACAGAUCAACGAAGUGUCGUCCAGCUCGCCCACAGACGCCCCGCGACCUCGCGGCCGCAAGCCUAGGGCCGACGCCAGGCGCGACGUCGUCCCCAACGACCGAGUCCUGCGCUCGCAUCCUCACCACGAGCCCGACGCCCCCGGCCGACCCCACACGCGCCAAACUCGCGGCAAGAACCUCGAACGCGUCGUCAUCCUGACGCGACGCCCGACCCCCAAGUCAGAGCGCCGCGAUCACUCCCCGGCGGUGGAGGCGCGGGGAGUGGGGCGCCGCGCCCCCGACUGCGCCGAGGAGGAGGCGCGCCGGACGCGAUCGCAGUUAGCUUCGGGAAACUGCGCGCGCGCCCCGGGGCCGGCGCGGCGUGCCGCGGCGGCGCGCGGGGCGCACUACAAGGAGAACUUUCGGCCGAGCUGCUCCGGCGCGGGGCGGCGCGGGGCGGCGCUGGAUACAAUAGUACAAAGAGUUAUUGACUAG